GUGAAUACCGACGAGCUCGCCCCGGCCUUAGUGAGGCCGCGAUUCUCAGCUAUUCGAAGCUCCUCUAAUCGACUGCGAAGCUCCGGAGGGGGAAAAUUAAGUGAGUCUUGUUGGUUGAUGUGCUUGGGCGUGGACAGCGACCUGCCGAGGCUGUUGCUCCGAAUGUGAAGUGCGUAGAUCCGUGGCUAAAGAUCCACUCGUCCUGUCCGAUCGGUUAGGAAGUUGCUGCUCGAUUCGUUACGCCGUGCGUCUGCUUGAAAAUUCUUGUCAAACGGCUUUUCAGUGACAAUUAUGGACAUGAAAAUAGAAAUUUGAAGAUUUCACGUACCAAACAGGGCUUUAGGUGCCUGAACUCGAAAGUCCAGUUUUCUUCCCGACUCUGAAGUGAAAAAAAUAAACAAAAACAAAAAAAUGAUGCAACUGAUGCAACGUUAAUCCUCCUGCGUUCGGUUCAAUUCAGAUUUUUGAGAUGGCUGAUGAUCGGAGUACUCUCUCUCAUACUUUCAAGUACUUAUUGGCUACGCAAUUUUUGGCCAGGGGAAUCCCUUUUCUGUUCAAUACGUGGAUAGUGCGGCAUCUCACUGAAGACGAUUAUGCGCUCUAUGCAGUAAAAUUUCAUCUUUUCGUCACCUGUGUGUUGUUCCUCAGUCGGGAGGGAUUUCGUCGGGCAUGCAUGCGAGCUGACAUUCAAUGCAAUGGAGCUUCAGCAGGAGAAAAUAUUAUAAAGCUAUUGAAAGUUGCUUGGAUGACUAUACCACUUGGACUAGCCAUUACCGCUGCGGCCUGUUCUUUUAUCUUCUGGUGGCAGGAACUAAGUUAUUCUGACCCCUAUGCACGAGCUAUUCUUAUAAAUGGCUUUGCAUGUAUCUUGGAACUUUUGGCUGAGCCUUUUUAUAUCCUCUCCCAGAACCUGCUUCUGCUCAAAUUACGGUUAUUGGUGGAGACAGCAGCAACAUUUUUACGUUGCUUAACAAUGUAUAUACUCAUUGUUAGGCAAACUAACAUGGAAAAGGGGAUUGUAUUUGCAUUGUCACAAGUUGCAUAUGGAGCUUGCUUCUUCUUUGGUUACUGGGGUUUUUACCUUUUCUCAAGUUCAUUCAAGAGUUCUGAUCUUUUCCCUUUCAGAGUGAGCGGUAUGGCACACUUUGAUGGUGAGCUUGCCAAUAUGUCCAUGAUAUUCACUUUUCAGUCCUUCCGAAAGUUGAUCCUUCAAGAAGGAGAAAAGAUGGUUCUUGUAUGGUUUGAUACACCAUAUAAUCAAGCUGUAUAUGGACUUGUAGACAAACUAGGGAGCCUUGUGGUGAGGCUGGUGUUCCUUCCCUUUGAAGAAAGUUCGUAUACAGCAUUUGCAAGGUCCGCAUCAGGACAAAGUGCGGACAGGAGUCGGAAGAUAGGGAGAAAUCUUACAGAGGCCCUUAAACUUGUCAUGUUGAUAGGUCUUAUAUUUGUUGCUUUUGGCCCAAGUUACUCUUACUCCCUGAUAAGGUUGUUAUAUGGUAAAAAAUGGAGUGAUGGAGAAGCACCAACAGUCCUUCGCUACUACUGCAUCUACAUCUUUUUCUUGGCUAUGAAUGGAACUUCGGAGGCAUUUCUGCAUGCAGUUGCGGAUGAAAAACAGCUCAAACGCUCAAAUGAUAUGUUGCUUGUGUUCUCGUCCAUAUAUGUGGUGCUAAAUAUCAUGUUAAUAAAAUCAACGGGCGCAGCUGGCUUACUUAUGGCAAAUUCUUUGAACAUGCUUUUGAGAAUAAUCUACUCUGCAACAUUCAUAAAAAAGUAUUUCCAGGAUUCGUCAUCCUUUUCAUUUCAUGGGUGCUUCCCUUCAGGGACAACAGUUCUGCUGCUUUCUGGUUUAGCUACACUUACCUCGGAGAAAAUUUUCUUGGACAAGGAGAACUUUUGGCCCUCAUUUUUAGUUCAUUUUUUUGUUGGGUUGACUUGCUUCUGCACAUCAGCCUUUGUCAUUUAUGCCCGUGAGAAGGCUUUUGUGAGCAGAGUUAUCCGCUUUCGUGACCAUGACGAUUGAUAUACCAGAAAUCAUCCAAAUCCUCAGCCAGGUGGCCAGUAGGCAAAAGUUUGAUGAUGAAAAGGAAAUUAGAUUGACAAUGAUGAGGGGCACGAGGAAAGAAGUGAUGUUUUACAAGACACCUGUGCCGUGCUCAAUUGCACUUCAGUCUCACUGUAAGAGACGAGCAAUAGGUUCAGUUGGUAGUCAUGAGCUAUGAGAGCUUCAAAGUGAUUAGCAGGAAAAUGGUUUGAUGAUUAUUAUUUAGAUGUAGAUCAGACAUUCUUUCUAAAACCAGAAUUUUUGACAUUUUUAAUUUGCGUUUUGAAGUGAGAUUCUUGAACAGA